AUAAACACCGAUUCAUAUCAUAAAUAUUUUGCGCAGUUGAGUAAAACUCGGCACCGGGGUAAAUAAAGGCCAUUGUUUAUAAAACGACAUACAUUUUCAUUCAACGAGAUGAGUGACACAAAAGAAGAGGAUUUUCCAACCCAACUAAAAAAAGCCACAAGAGAUGUCCAUAAAAUAAGCGACGUUCUUGUAAAUGCGAAAUUUGCUUUAGCUCUCUCAAACGACAAAGUUUGGGCCGAUGGACUUCUUUCCUUCUACGAGUUGUAUAAAUUCUUCGAACAAGAACUACCCGAAGAAUUACUACCCAAAGAACUACACCGCAUCGAUGGAUUCGAAAGAGACUUCGAGUAUUUUCUUGGUAAAGAUUGGAAGCAAUCUUACGAGAUAAAAGAACCAGUUAAAAAAUACAUGGACCAUCUGCGUGAAGUCAAUGAAAGAGAUAAAAUUUUACUUUUUGCAUAUGCAUUCCAAAUGUACAUGGCACUAAUGUCUGGAGGUCAGCUAUUGCAACGCAAACGAAUGAUUGCUAGGAAAUUAACAAUGUCGAAAAAAGAAGACGAUGAGGAGGAAACAGUUAAACCGGGUUGUGAGGCAACAUGGUUCGGGCAUAAAAAAAUACCUGAACUUAAAGCAAAACUAAAGUCGAUACUCAAUGAAAAGUACAAAGACUUUGAUGAGGACAUGAAGAAAGCUUACAUCGAAGAGAGCAGGAAUGUUUUCAUAUUCAAUAAUGAAGUGAUACGUUCAGUUAAGGGGGUGAAUCAGGUUAAUGCAAUUCAAAUAUUUGUGAUGCUGGGAAUGGUAGCGAUUGGGUUGAUUUUGAAGUGGUAUCUGCUUCCGAAAUAAAUUGUUGAUCAUAUUUUAAAUUAGAAAUUAGUUAGUAAUAUAUUUGGGCUUAUGUAUUUCUCUAAGCUUUUCAUCUUCCUGUUUUUUUUUUUUAAAUAUGACUGAGUUGUAACAUAAAUAAAUUUUAAUCGUGUUUUAAUAAACUUGUUGACAAGA